AUGGCCACUUUAGAGCAACAAGCUUCUAAGCUAUUGGAUUUUAAUCAAAAGUUAGAUAUCAAUUUACUUGAUAACAUUGUUGGAUGUUUGUAUUCCACUGUUGGUGAUCAACAGCGUGUUGCUCAAGAUAUUCUUACAGCUUUAAAAGAGCAUCCAGAUGCAUGGACAAGAGUUGAUACUAUUCUAGAGUUUUCACAGAAUCAAGAAACCAAAUAUUAUGCCUUACAAAUAUUGGAACAAGUUAUAAAAACUAGAUGGAAAAUAUUACCUAGAAACCAAUGUGAGGGAAUUAAGAAAUACAUUGUUGGCCUUAUUAUUAAAAAUUCAUCUGAUCCUGUAAUUAUGGAAAACAACAAAGUGUAUUUGAAAAAGCUUAACAUGAUAUUAGUUCAAGUUUUAAAAAGAGAAUGGCCUCAUAAUUGGGAAACAUUUAUAAGCGAUAUUGUUGGAGCUUCAAAAACCAAUGAAAGCCUUUGUCAAAAUAAUAUGGUAAUUCUAAAACUUCUUAGUGAGGAGGUAUUUGUUUUCAGCACUGGUGAACUGACGCAAACAAAGGCCAAACACUUGAAAGAUACUAUGUGUUCUGAAUUUAGCCAAAUUUUUCAGUUGUGUCAGUUUGUACUUGAGAAUUCCCAAAAUGCUCCAUUGGUAGAUGCUACACUUCAGACACUUUUAAGAUUCUUAAAUUGGAUUCCUCUAGGGUACAUCUUUGAAAUGAAAUUGAUUAGUACUCUUAUUUUUAAAUUUCUAAAUGUACCAAUGUUUCGUAAUGUAACUCUAAGUUGUUUAACUGAAAUUGCCGGAGUGACUGUAAGUAAUUAUGAAGAACAGUUUGUUGCCUUGCUAGUGCAAACUAUGGAGCAACUAGAGAUAAUGCUACCGUUAACUACAAAUAUAAGAGAAGCUUAUGCAGCAGGACGUGAUCAAGAACAAGUUUUUAUACAAAAUCUUGCUCUCUUUCUUUGCACUUAUUUAAAAGAACACGGUCAAUUGAUAGAAAGGCGUGGAUUGACCAACACAUUAAUGAAUGCUCUACGAUACUUGGUUUUGAUAUCUGAGGUCGAAGAUGUUGAAAUUUUUAAGAUCUGUUUAGAGUUUUGGAAUGCUCUAGCUGCUGAUUUAUAUAAGAUAGCACCAUGUUCACAUUCUACUGGUCUCCAUCACAAUUUAGGUAAAAGUAUGGGAAGAAAAGUGUUGUAUGCAGAUGUAUUAAGUAGUGUCCGCUAUAUAAUGAUAUCCAGAAUGGCAAAACCCGAAGAAGUUCUUGUUGUUGAAAAUGAAAAUGGUGAAGUUGUAAGGGAGUUCAUGAAAGAUACUGAUUCCAUAAAUCUCUAUAAAAAUAUGAGAGAAACAUUGGUAUAUCUCACCCAUUUGGAUUAUACAGAUACUGAACGUAUUAUGACAGAAAAAUUGCAAAAUCAAGUUAAUGGAACAGAGUGGUCCUGGAAAAAUUUAAACACACUUUGCUGGGCUAUAGGAUCCAUAUCCGGAGCUAUGAUGGAAGAAGAUGAAAAAAGAUUUCUUGUCAUUGUUAUUAAGGAUCUACUGGGGUUGUGUGAACAGAAGAAAGGAAAAGAUAACAAAGCAAUCAUUGCCAGUAAUAUUAUGUAUGUUGUGGGGCAAUACCCUCGCUUUCUUCGCGCUCAUUGGAAGUUUCUCAAAACUGUUGUCAACAAAUUAUUUGAGUUCAUGCAUGAAACUCACGAUGGAGUGCAAGAUAUGGCUUGUGAUACUUUCAUUAAAAUAGCAAUUAAAUGUCGUCGUCAUUUUGUUACGACACAAGUUGGUGAAGCAUGUCCAUUUAUUGAAGAAAUUUUAAGUACCAUAAGUUCAAUCAUUUGUGAUUUGCAAACACUUCAAGUGCACACAUUUUAUGAAGCUGUUGGCUAUAUGAUCAGUGCCCAAGUGGAUCAAGUAGCUCAAGAACAACUGAUUGAAAAGUACAUGUUGUUGCCAAAUCAGGUUUGGGAUGACAUUAUUUCACAAGCAUCGCAUAAUGUAGACAUACUGAAAGACCCAGAAGCUGUCAAACAACUAGUAAGCAUCCUAAAAACAAAUGUUAGUGCUUGUCGUGCCUUGGGUCAUCCUUAUGUUGUUCAACUUGGAAGAAUAUAUUUAGAUAUGUUAAAUGUAUACAAAGUGAUGUCCGAAAACAUUAGUCAAGCUAUAGCACUUAAUGGUGUUGUUGUCACUAAGCAACCCUUAAUAAAAAACAUGAGAAUAAUAAAGAAAGAAACACUCAAAUUGAUUUCCAAUUGGGUAUCAAAAUCCACUGACAACAGUAUGGUUCUAGAAAGUUUUAUUCCACCACUUCUUGAUGCUGUCCUGUUGGAUUAUCAGAGAACUGUAGUUCCUGAUGCCCGUGAGCCAGAAGUUUUAUCAUGCAUGAGCGCCCUUAUAUAUAAGCUUGAAGGACAUAUAACAUCAGAAGUACCAAAAAUCUUUGAUGCAGUGUUUGAAUGCACUUUAGAGAUGAUAAACAAAGACUUUGAGGAGUAUCCUGAACACAGAACUGAAUUCUUCCUGCUAUUACAAGCUGUCAACACCUAUUGUUUUAAAGCAUUCCUUAGUAUACCACCAGCACAGUUUAAAUUAGUGUUGGAUUCCAUAAUUUGGGCAUUUAAGCAUACAAUGAGGAAUGUUGCAGAUACUGGUCUUCAAAUCCUCUAUAGAUUACUCCAAAAUGUAGAGCAGCAUCCUCAGGCUGCCCAAAGCUUCUAUCAGACAUAUUUAUGUGACAUAUUAGAACAUGUUUUCAGUGUCCUUACUGAUACUUCUCAUGGAGCUGGUCUGACAAUGCAUGCCACUAUCUUAUCGGAAAUCUUUUUCCUUGUGGAGAAUGGUCGUGUAACUGUUCCUCUUGGGGGAACACCUGAUAAUGUACUUUAUAUACAGGAAUAUGUUGCAAAUCUUCUAAAAACAGCAUUCCCGCAUUUGACUGAUAAUCAAGUUAAAAUAACAGUACAGGGUCUGUUUAACUUAGAUCAAGAUAUACCUGCGUUCAAGGAUCAUUUAAGAGAUUUCUUAGUUCAGAUAAGAGAAUACACCGGGGAAGAUGAUAGUGAUCUAUACUUAGAAGAAAGGGUGUUUGCGUUGCGUCAAGCGGAAGAAGAAAAGCGAAGGGUGCAACUCUCAGUGCCGGGUAUAAUUAACCCACAUGAACUCCCUGAAGAGAUGCAAGAUUAA